UUUAUAUGAACUGGUUCUCGACUUCUCUUGUUUUCCUUCUUGUUAUUUUCCCAGUUGGUUCUUCCAUUUUUACACGAAUUGCGUCUCUGUAAAGUGGUGGAUUUUUAGUAUUAUGCUUGAACAUAACAUGAGUGACCAUUGUUUAGGCGAAAAUGGAUGAAGAAAUUAAUGCUACAAAAAGCAUGAGGAGUUUGCAAAUUACUCUUCUUGAUGAGGAAGAUGAAAUUGAUGAUAGUGGAGAAGUUAAUUCAUAUUAUGAUGAUGAGGAGGAGGAGGAUGAAGAGAAAGAACCUGUGGGAUUAGGGGUUCUUGAAAAGCCCGAUAAUUCAUGGUCACUGCGACGUGAGUUAUUUCCAAGCAAAGCUGGGGGUUCUCCUGCUUGGUUGGAUCCAGUUAACUUGCCAACAGGGAGAUCAUGUCUUUGCGAUUUCUGUGGCGAGCCUUUGCAGUUCAUGCUUCAGGUUUAUGCACCACUCACUGAGAAGGAUUCUACUUUUCAUCGUACCUUACUUCUCUUCAUGUGCACAUCAAUGGCCUGUCUCCUUAAAGACCAACACGAGCAGUGGAAAAGGAACCAAGUCAAGCCAUCCAGGAGUGUCAAGGUCUUCCGUUGCCAAUUGCCGCGUAAUAACUCUUUUUACUCCAGUGAGCCCCCAAGAAACAAUGGGAAAGAUAAACCUUCUAGAGCUGGAGCUGUUCUUUGUGGUUGGUGUGGUACCUGGAAAGGAGAUAAAGUUUGUGGUGGUUGCAGAAGAGCACAUUACUGCUCUGAGAAACACCAGGCUGUUCAUUGGAAAUCAGGUCAUAAAAGACGCUGUUUACCAUUGGAAGCAUCUGAAUCUAGCAAUAAUUGGACUGUUGGGGAGAUGCAAGAAGUUGCAAGCAAUAGUCUGUGGCCUGAGUAUGAGAUUGCAAUUACUGAUGAGUGUGAAGAUAAGAUCUCUGAUGAUAACGGAGAACUGAACUCAUUGAUUUCUUCAAGCCGAGUGGAUGAAUCAAUUGAAUCACUUAUAGACAGCUUUGAGGGGGAAGAUGACAAGAAGAGUUGGGCAUCUUUCCAGGAGAGGAUAUCCCGUACCCCUGAGCAAGUAUUAAGGUAUUACAGAGAUGCUGGAGCAAAACCAUUAUGGCCAAUGUCAAGUGGCCAGCCAUCAAAGGCUGAGAUUCGUAAAUGCAGCUAUUGUGGUGGCCGUAGGUUAUUUGAGUUUCAGGUUUUACCACAGGUACUCUAUUAUUUUGGUGUGGAAAAUGAUGUUAAUUCUCUUGACUGGGCUACUAUUGCUGUUUACACCUGUGAAGCCUCGUGUGAUGGAAGUGUGGCUUACAAAGAGGAGUUUGUUUGGGUUCAAAUUGCAUCUCAAUCAAGUACAACGCACAGAUAAAGGCAUUGUUAUAUGUUUUCUUUUUUCUUUAUAACCGAAAAAUCUCCAAGGACUAGGCUCACGGUUUGAGACUCGAUGGACAUAGGAGCCGCUCCUUUAUUCUUCUCCACUUAAAUUCCAUACUUUUGGUUCGCGGCAGGAUUCGGAGUCGUGACAUGAGCCUAACCUACAUGCGUUGCGCUAAAAUUUUGUUUUCCUUUUUUUCUUUUUCUUUCUCAAACCAUUUUAAAAUCUCUUUGUUAAUUGCAGACAUUUUGCUUUUUUGAAUGGCGUGUUGUGAUAGAACAUUUAUCAUCAAUCAAGGGGUGUUAAGCGUGA